AUGAGGAUCUGGUUGACAGUGGGAGUUCCGCCCUUUCUGUUCCUGUUGAUGGUUCUUGGUUUGGUCUCACUUGCUGUACUCCGUGGGAAGUGUAGCCAGUGUCCUGACCUGUUGACUUAUGUCAACAAUAUCAUCAAUGAGGCUGUCAAUGACUGCAAGGGAGUCAGGCCUACUCAUGGGGGGGAGCUGAUUCAGUUUGGCUGGAAUGCAGGUCCCCACCAUGCACAUGUCUUUGGUCUGGUGAAUAACCUUACCAAUAAGAGGCUUUUGAUGGCUGCAAGUCUCCCUGCUGAGACUCUGGGUAUACCCUGGACUUACCUAAUGGUCCUCUCUGCUUUUCAACAGCUAAGCAGGCUCCCUCUGAGGGAUACAUGUCUCAAAACUACAAAUCAUAACCCCAUUCACACUGACCAACUCUAUGCCCCAUAUGCAAUGAACUGGGUUACUCUUCAUAGUAUCAUGGAUCCAGAUCAAUGCCAGCUUCAUGGUGAUUGUAGUUCUGGUGGGAAUUAUGUUGAUGUCUCACUCAGGGUGGUGGUGAAAUGUGCCACUGACACAGUCAUGAGCAUGCAACCCAAGUUCAAGCAUGGUACGACCCUCACUCAAGAGGGUGUCUGCAGGCAAGGAACUGCAAUCAAUUUCUUGAGGCACAUUAAGAAAGCAUUCAAUGAGGCAAUUGCAAUUGAAGGUGAUGUUAAAGCAAUGGUGACUCAACUUGUAGAGGAGAAAAAGUGA